GACAUUUUGUAGCAUGAACGGAACGGAAGUCAUUUCAAGUCAACGUAGUAACUUAAAAAAAUUUUAAAUUAUUGUAUUCCAAAUAUUACCCCAAUUUGUUUUAGCACUUCAUUUUUGAAAAUUAAUAAAGGAAGUGAAUUCAAUUAUAAUAUUUAUAUUUGCUUGACAGUUUCGAACGACUUUAAUUUUUUUCACCAAGUGCAAGGGCGACCAUGAAAAUUGUUGAUCGAUAUGCUGCAGUAGCAUGUUUUUCCCAUUUAAUGGCGCACAAACUUAAGUAAUAGAAAAUGUAGCUUCUUGCAGGGAUCAUGUGAUCGUGAAGAACUGUGGCAAGUCUAUUUAGUGCGAUAUUUGUGUCAAUGUAAACCAAUUAUUCAUUUUCAUCUUAACAUAUCAUAAAAGAGAAAUUUGUGUCAACCUAAACAAUCUGGGUAAUGUUUACACGACUAGAAAUUAAGCAAUGAUAAUCUCCGUAGGCGUUUUCGUAAGUUGUGUGGCAUGGUCCGUUCUUUACCACAGUAUUAAAUGGAAGCUACACUUGCAAGCGGAGUGGUCAUGUCGACUGGUGACGCUGUGUCACGCAGUUAUUGCCACAGGAUUGUCUUUCCUGUGCAGCGUCAUGGGACCCUCGCCUUUCACAGACCCUGGGGGUCCCGUGACGCCGCUGCAGUGCGUCGCGCUGGUGCUCAGCCUGGGCUACUUCGUGUUCGACACGGCGUGGUGCCUGCACCACCGCACCGAGGGAGCCACCAUGCUGGCGCACCACGCCGUCAGCCUGCUGGCGCUGGGCCGGAUCCUGGCCAAGGGCGUGUCGGGCACCGAGGCGGUGGCCGGCAUCGGGCAGCUCGAGUGCACCAACCCCCUGCUGCAGGCGCGCUGGUUCCUGCGCUCGUCGGGCCGCAAGGACUCCCGCUGGUUCGUGCCCGUCGAGCUGGGCUUCAUGCUCUCCUUCUUCCUGAUGCGCAUCGUGGGGGGCGCCUACCUGCUGCGCUGCACGCUGGCCCACCCCCGGCCCGGCCUGGAGGCCAAGCUGUACGCCGCCGCCUUCUACACGCUCUCCUGGGUCUUCAUGGUCUACAUACUCCAGUACUUCCUGGCCAAGUACCUGCGCUUCACUAACAAGGCUGUAGCCAAGGAAUAACAUAUAUCGGCUUUUUCGUAUUUUAUGUUAAACGCUGCGCGCAGUGUUUGUCGUGGAGCGAAGAAUGCAACGCGACGAACCCACCCGGCUGAUGCGGCGAUCUUUGUCUCGCCGUCGGACUUCUCCGUUCAGGACCCGGAUGAUGAGAAUCGAUAAGUGACCAGUUUACGUUCUUCAGCCUGUCAGUCGGGCAGUUGCCAGAUCCGACAAGUAGUAAAUUUUUUUGUGACAUUCUAACGUAAUAGGUGUUGUGGUCUUAGCCUUUUUGUUCUUUUGAAUUUGGGUCAUGAAUUUUGGUGCUAAAGAAUACUCAUGAUACUGCCUGGCAAAAUUUUUACAAUAAUUUUUUGCCAAAAAUGGCUACUAUGCUGCUAAUGUUGCUUAAAGUAUCCCACAUAACACUAGUUUUCAAUCCCCACAGGAUUAUAAAAAAAAACCUCCUAAGUGAGGAGGGUAGAUACUUCAGGGAAAUCGGGAAAAAAAUUAUUUAAAUGUAUAUAAAUGUGAAAAUUUCAAAAUUAUAUGAAAUUUAAUAAUAGCCUUUUUAAUUAUUUUAUAUCAAUAUUUAUUUGUCACUAUUUUUUCCUUUAUUACAAAAGGGUUUCACUUUCACAACUAGUUUUUUUCUUCUUUCUAUAAUCCUUUGGGAACAAAAAGUUAAUCUACCAGAAUAUUAUUUGUUGUAUUUUUAGUGUGACUUACCAAUACUAACCAAACUUUCACUUUACAAAGUUAUGAUCACCUAGACUUGCAAAAUCCUCACUACCAUAGAAUAAAGUAACCUUCUGUCAUGUAAAAUUCACACAUUUGACGGCAAUUUAAACUAACACAAUAAUUAGUACCCAGAAAAACAAAAUUAAAGUCACCCUUUUCAGAGUAAUUAUGAUUCCUUAGCAUGACUCGUGCGCACAAUAACAUUUAUAGAAAAUGCAAUGCAGCAUGAAUUCAGUAAAAUAUUUUCACAUAAUUUUACAGUAUUUUUAAUUACGCAAUUACAUAAUCUUUCAGACGUGUAAUUUUUUUCAAUACAAUAUAUCAUGUCACCGCCAUUUGUAAGACUGACCACGAUCAAACUGAAAAAAAUGUGAAUUGUACAUUAAAAGUGCCAGAAUGUUCAAGAAGCACAGUUAAAUUAAUUAGAAAACUUUUGAAAACAAUUUAAAUAAAUAAGUACCUGUCAAGUUAACACACAAAAAUGAAUUCCAUAAUAUAUAUACACACACACACUUUAGAAUAAAUUACUUUAUGAAUUCCCAAAUAUUAAAAACUGUACAAAAUAGCAGGAACAUGUUUUUAAACUAUUCGGAUAUGAAGCUCUUGACUGUGUGAACCUUAAAAAUCAGACUUCAGUGUACAGGAAAUUUUAUAACAUUUACAAUCCAGCGAAAUUAUGCCUGUGUAGUCAGGAUGGCAUGAUGAAAAACAUAGUAAUUGUUAACUGUACAUGCCAAAAAAAAUUAUUCAGUUGUUUAUUUAACUUUCUUUCGGAGAAGCCACUCUAAUUGACAAGUACUAAUUUUACUACUAACACUAGAUUGAAGUAAUGCAAGAAAGUGAAAAUAUUCGUUAGGGGUGUGAUGGCUGCUAAACUUGACGCUCAUUGUAUUCUCCUGUAUUUGUAUUGCCAUUUUGUAGAUAUAUAAAUGCUUCGAGACUUUAUUUGUUAAAAAAGCAGAUGUCUAUCUCAUAAGAUGUCGUUUAAGAGGUCCAAAAUAUGCAGUGUUAGGGCUACAGAUUCAUGCCACAGUACGUGAAAUAGCAAUGCUGAAUCAUUCACUAUGCACUAUGAUACACUGUCACAGUAUUAAUUACCUAGUUCGUUUUGUAGUAAUGAAGAUUUCUAAAACUGAAGUGAGGAAUUAAUUAAAUUAAAUCCUGCUUGUGUGUGGCAUAAGCCUGAACUGUGGACCAUAUUCCUCACCAACACUCUCUCCUUGUCUAAACUAUUCCAUUCCCAGAUUGUUCUUAUGUCCAGUGAGUUUUCCCCUCUUUUUGUUCCCCUUCUCACUCUAAACAUGUCUGUAGUUCUGCCUGUUCUUAGAUUUCCCUCUGCUGUGUCCCAGCUUUAUCCCUCCCACUCCACUCAUCACCUGGUGUCCGCCUUAUCCUUCCCACCCAAUUCCUUUAUAAAUUCUGAUAGGCAGUUUAUGUACUCUCCUUUCUCAUCCUUUUCCGUUGUCCUGCCUCCCAUUGACCACCUGCACUCCCGGACACUGCAGCUUGGGGCGUGCCAUGGUGGUGUGAGCCUUCUUCUUCAGUACGCUUCCUCCACUGUACCUGUCCCAGCACAGCCAAGGCCUGAAUCUGCUCCCCCCACACCAGGUCGUGCUGCAGUAGACCCCCUUAUUCAUUGUUUCCUAGUCUUGUCCACAUUUAUCCUUUCCACCCACUCUUACAAUCCAUCUGAAUCCUCCUGUAAGUCUUCCGCCUCCACACACCACACAGUAAAAAGACACAUGUCUCCAUUUGUGCCUUCUCUUAUGUCAUUUUGUCAGUGACCAUAAUGACCCUCCCUCCUGUGACACCCCUCUGCAGGCAGCUCGUAAGUGUUCUCGCCAUCUGUUUCUUGUUAGUGAUGAAGUCCGCAAGUUUCUCACCGCCCUUCUGUCCUAUACCAUCCCCUUUACCUUCUUCGUCGAACUUGCAUACGGUACCUUGUUGAACGACUUUUUAAAGUUGAUGAACCAGGUAUCUAUCUACUACUUACCCAAAUCCUCCAGCAAGUCUGCCAGCUGUAAUUCACAUGAGUAGCCCCUCCUAGAGCCAUGUUGCCUCUCUACCAGUGUCUGUUAUGACCUCUGUGUGCCUCUCCAGUAUCAUACUUACUGGUCUGUACCUUGCUGAACCCUCUUUCGUCCUCCCUUGUGCACACCUUCCAUUCCUGUGGGAUAUUCCCCUUCUUCAGUGAUCUGCCGGAUAUCCUCAUCCUUAGGUUCCGUCAUGCCAUUUCCUAUUCCAUCCUUUCUAUCUUCAGCUGUUCCGCAUGUUGCUCUGGUGGCUAUGCUUUGCCACUGCGGACCCUUUCUCAAAUACUGACAGGUACAGUAAUCAGUCUCUCCAACCAUCAUGGCUGAUCUCCCCUUCCUUCUCAGGGUCUCCACCCACCGGUACCUUCCUUCUGGCUACGUGAGUACCAACCCUCCUACAGCUUACCAGUUCUAUUAGUUUUACACCAUUUGCAAAAACUCUUCUCUCUUGUCUUCUCUGUCCUCCCAUACUGCCUUUUGUGAUCUGAUUCAUGUAGAUCUCUACCAUCGGUAUGGUAUGGUCACGUAUACCUUCCACCAUCAUGUAUCAGGUGACAACCUCUACGUCCAAUCAUUCAAUAACACACUCUUCUCUUUCUUUUGGUCUCGGUUACAACCACAGGCUGCACAAUACUUGUUUUCAUUUUUAUGUGAUAUGUUUUACUAAUUGUAGGACUGCAAGUCAUUUUACUACUUUAAGGAAAAUUUUUUGAAAAUGCACAGUAUUCGACAACAUGUGAUCUUAAUAUGAAUCAUUGUAUGACAUCAAAGCCAAGCUUACAAAGUGGCACCUAUCUUCCAACAAGAGCUGUUGAGUCGGUGUGUUGGCCAACUGACUUUUUGAACCAGAAGAUGCUGUAUUUUAUGCUCUCUGUUCAAUUAAUUUCAUUUUACUGUAUUUAGCAUGUAAAAUACCUUUUCCAACCAUGUGCUCCUUAAGGGGUUUUGUGUAUGCAAAGUUGUUAUUAAAAUUAUUUCAACAAAUGCAAUAAAGCGCUAAGGGUGCACGGUGCAGUGAGCCUACAAUUUUAACUUUGGAUUCAUAACAACAUUCUGUGCACAUGCCUUGAAUGGUUUUGUACAUAUUAAUAUGAAAGGUUUUAAGAUACAGCAGUGUGAAGAUGCCCAUUUUGGCCAUGUUGAUUGGCUUGGAAUAAAUAUUUACCAAAUAUCUA